CUAAAUUUUGUUCUAAAUUCUAGCGGCAACAAACCGGCCUAUUUAACCGCGUUCAUUCCUCAGCAGUGGAUUUAUGCUUGAAUUACCCCGAGAGAAGUCCAAAAUUUUAAUCUUUAGAACUCCAUUCCACGAUUUUAGGUAUCGCCGCAUAGGCCGUCUCGCCAAUCUUUUUUAGUCGAAUUCCUCGAUCUGAUUCUCAUUUUAUUCGGGAGGGAUCUUCCUUUGGUUCCUGGCUUCGAUUAGCCCAAUGGUAUUGGAGGGCGAGGGUGGCAUUGGAAGAACCGGAAUCUAGGUUUUUCACGGCUGUUGCAGGCGCCGGACGGAUCAUUAGCGCGUGUUGCGCAUGAUUGAAAUAUAGAUCGGAGGCUCGUGAGCUUUUGGGAUCUUUCGAUUUGGUUUAGUCAAGAUGUUCUGGCGUAUGACUGGGGCGCCCCUGGCAUCGCCUGUGGAUACUAUCUUGGACAAGGAGAAUUGUACAUUGGAAGAGCUGCUAGAUGAGGAUGAAAUAAUUCAAGAAUGCAAAGCAAUGAAUAGCCGUCUAAUUAAUUUUCUUUGUGGGAGGACUCAAGUUGAACAGCUGCUUCGUUAUAUUAUUGAAACAGCUCCGGAUGAAGCAGAUAAAAAACGAACUUUCAAGCAUCCUUAUGUUUCUUGCGAAAUUUUUACAUGUGAUGUUGAUAUAAUAUUACAGAGUUUGGUAGAGGAUGAGAAGCUGUUGAAUCUGUUGUUCUCUUUCUUGAAACCUGAUCACCCACAUAGUACAUUUUUGGCGGGUUGCUUCAGCAAGGUUGUGUUAUGCUUGAUGGCACGGAGGACAGCCCAACUCAUGAGUUAUGUUCAGGGCCACCCUGAAAUUUUCCGUCAACUCGUUGACCUGAUUGGCAUCACGUCUAUGAUGGAGGUAUUGAUUCGUUUAAUUGGAGCUGAUGAAAAUAUGUAUUCCAGUCAUACGGACGCAUUGCAGUGGGUAGAUGCCACUGAAGUGCUCGACUUGAUUGUUGAUAAAUUCAGUUCAUCGGAUUCAGCUGAAGUUCAUGCUAAUGCAGCAGAAGUCCUCUGUGCAAUAACUAGAUAUUCUCCUCCCGGACUUGCAGCGAAGGUUUGCAGCCCAAGUUUUGUGGGAAGAUUAUUUCAAAAUGCACUGGAAGAUUCAAGGCCAAAAUCUGUUCUGAUUCAGUCAUUGUCAGUGUGCAUUUGUCUUUUAGAUCCUAAGAGAUUACUACAAUCUUCUUACCAAUCAUUUAGAAGCCAAUUAAGCCAUGGAACAGUUGUAAUUGCUGAUCCAGAGACUGUUUACCUCAUGCUAGAGAGACUAGGAUAUUUGUUGAAGCUGUUGGAUGUUACCACUUCAGAUGACAACUUGCCCUCCACAUUUGGUUGCUUGAAGCCUCCCCUUGGGAAACAUCGUUUGAAGAUUGUGGAGUUCAUUUCUAUUUUGUUCACAUUAGGAAGCAAAGAUGCUGAGAAGGAACUUAUUCGUCUAGGAGCUUUGAGACAUGCUCUAGACUUAUUUUUUGAGUACCCUUUUAAUAACUUUUUACAUCACAAAGUGGAGAGUAUCAUAGUUUCCUGUUUAGAAAGUAAAAAAGCUUCACUUGUGGAGCAUGUUCUGCAUGAGUGUGACAUUGUUGGUAAAAUUCUUCAAGUUGAAAAGCAGCCUGCACUACAAAUAGAUUGCAACAAGCCAACAGUAUUGGCACAAGGAAGAUCACCUCCAAGGAUUGGGAAUAUUGGACAUCUGACACGCAUAGCUAACAAACUUGUUCAGGAAGCAAACAAUUAUGGAAUAAUACAGAAACAUCUGCAGGAAAACAGUGAAUGGGUUGAUUGGCAUGCGAAGGUCCUUGUUAAACGAAACUCAGUGGAGAAUGUUUGCAAUUGGGCUUGUGGGCGUCCAAGUUCUUUGCAUGAUCGAGUAAGGGAUAGUGAUGAUGAAGACUUGAGAGAUAGAGAUGACUAUGAUGUGGCAACAUUGGCUAGUAACUUGAGCCAGGCAUUUCGGUACAAUAUAUAUGACAAUGAUGUCAUUGAAGAGGCUCAGGGAUCACUUGAGCAUGAUAAAGAGGAUGUUCACUUUGAUGAUGAAUCUGCAGAAGUUGUAAUUUCAGCCCUGCGUUUGGGUGAUGAUCACGAUAGCUCUCUGUUCACAAACUCAAACUGGUUUGCUUUCGAAGGUAACCGUGCUGUUAAUGAUCUUUCGCCUGUCUCCCUCGCUUCACCUUCGCAAAAUCCGGACGGCACCGGCAAAAUAGUUGGUGGUGAGAGUGAAGAUCCUGCUGACAGGUCUGCAUCAAGUAGUGAUUUCCAGGAUACUGGAGCCGCAGGCCUCAGUAAUGGCUCCUUGAUGAAAGAUGAUCUUGCAAACUCGAAUCCACCAAUUGAAAGUGCAAAACCACCUGAAUGGAUUGAAUGGAGGGAGUCAACUGUGACAAUUACCAAUGCGCUUAAAGUAGAGAUUGAAUUGAAAGAUAAUACUACAGAUGAGAUCGAGACACAGAAUCAGGAACUAGAAAGUUCACCUGGUUCGAAAAAACUGGCUACUAUAAUGUCACCUGUAUCUGAUCGCAAUGUGAUUCCAUUAGCUAGCCAGUCAUAACUUCCUGAACAGGAGGAGAAACUUAAAGAAAAAGGAAGAUAAUUGAUCUUGAAUAUACUUAUUGGAGCCAAGGAACUGUGUUCAGUUGUGAGAUGGAGCUAAUGGUGCAGAUCUUGUAGAUUGCGAGGACUGGUAUGGUUUUUAAUCUUCAAGAAGAUCUAACAGAACAUCCUUUUGAUGUUGCUCCUGCUGAACUUUAUUGGCCGGAAUUUUCAAUUUGUAUUUUUCAGUCGCUUUUUGAUGGAAUGUAAUGAGUUCCUUGACAUAGUUAGAGUUAAAACUUUUUUUUUUUUUUUUGCCAUUAUAAUUGUGACUAACUGUAUUGGCACUAUAAUUGUGAGUAAUUGUAUUUUACAAAUUGCUGGUUUAUUUUUGGGAAAUUAUACGGAAGAUGAAUGGGCAUUUCA